AUCCUAAUCUGACCUAAAUCAACAGCCUCUCAUCCUUCUCUCUUUCUCAUUUUUUUCUACCAUUCUUCCUCUCGUUCUCUAUCUUCUCGCUGCCUCAUCUGAGACGAGCAAAAAGAAGAGGAAACCCUAAACACCACAAAACUCUUCUUCUCUCCUUCUCUCGAUCUGCUCUCUUCCUCUCGGAUCCGUCCACCUCUUUCUCUCCUUGAGUCUGGAAGCAACGAAAUAAUAGAAACAAGAGGAGGUGGCGCUGACGGCGACGGUUGAGGCAAACAACGCCAUGACAAGGCAAGAGGGCGUCGAUUCGGGUAAGAACAUCGGUACAUGCAUGAUUAUUUCUAGGUUUAAUUUUGUUCUUAUUUAUUGUUAUGAUUCUGAUUUGGGCUUCAUUUUUUUUGGUUUUUCGUUAUUGGUGGGGUGGAAAAGCAAACGACAGAAGAUGGAGAACGCCUCCCCGUUCGAUUCAGGCAAAAGAACGAUUGUAGCCUCCCUAAAUCGAUCGGAAAGCGACAAUCAAGACGACGGGAAAAGAAGCAAGAAAGAGACUGCUGCCGCCGAAGCGAGUGCCACCGCCACCGGGAAGAAUUCGAAUGCCUGGAGGUUUUCAGAACCUAAACCUAAACGGAAGGUCCAUAAAAGCAUGAAAGGAAGGGAGAUUCAAAUGGUCUUACUCCAAACUUCUUACAUUCAUAGAACCUCCACCCUGGAUUUGCAUCGGUCCAACUAGUCCUCAAAUAUUUUGUGUACGCACAGUUACAACAUGGAGUAGCCAUGGCUUAGAUCGACAACCUCCAAAGAUAACAAGUUGUUGCAGAGGACGAGGAAGAAGAUGGAGAAGGAAGAAUAAGGAAAAUGGAAGAAU